AUGAGCAGUCUUACCGCAGGUGUCCUGGGUUAUGCAGCGAGCCUCGUCUCCACAUUUGUGUUGUACCCGUAUAGGGAUUACACCAAGAUAUUUAGCAUCCAUUCCAUUCCUCGUGUGGAUCCUAUCCAGUAUACAUUGGUGCGCUACAAAGGCAUGUUGCAAAAUCCGUCCCAACCGCUACUGCUUGCACUGCCGUGGGGGCUUCUUUAUGGGGGGUUUGUUCUUGGGUCAGGCUUGGUGCCGGGGGCAUUGUGUGCCGGAGCAUUACAUGGAGUUGCAAAAGUGAGCGUCCGUACUAUUGCUCGUCGCAUGGGUGGCCCGCGCAGUCGCUACGACGAGGUGGCGUACAAGUCAUUGCUUCACUGUAUUCGUCAGAGCACCAAACAGUACGGUGUUUUAUCGUUUUUGUCUGGAGUUUUGGCAACAGCUCUUAUUUCAUCGGUGUGGCAUGGCGCAGCCUUAGUCGCUUUGCAGCGUUCAAGGCAUCAUAACUUCUUUGAGGCAUGGUGGGACGCGUUUCGCGUGCACGCUUUCCUAACAUUUGCCACAAAUCCAAUACGGAAUACUUUUCGAUCAGCUUUGUACAACACGGAACGCGCUGGCGGCGUACACAGUUUCUCAGCCUUUAUGGCAGGGGAAGUUGCUGUUUUCAAAGAGGCUGCUGGCGUCUUGAAGAACAUGGUGAGAACGGAAGGUGUACCAUUCUUUCUGAAUGGCGUUUUGCGGACGACCUUCAAGUCGUCUGUACCGUUCGGGUUCACGUUCGCGUUAUUUUGGUCCUUUGGUGGGUCCCUUCCCGGCCGCGGUGGUCGUGACCACCACCACCACCACCACAUGCCUAUUCGUCGGUUCUUGUGA